CCUUAUAAUGAGAAAUUUGACUAUUAGAUUUUUUGAAAAUGCAACCGUGAUAUUUUAUUUCGAAAUUUAAAAUCAGAGCUUGGUAGCCCUAAAUAAAUCUUGGCAGAAAUUUCACAGUAUUCCAUUCAAUUGGUUGUUGGUUGGUUUUGUUUUCCGUUAUAAAAUCGUAAAAAUUGCAAUAUUUAAGGAAAAUGGCUGCAAGAUUAAUUCAAAAAAUUGUUGGUUCUGUUCCGAACUCAAGCCGUGCUUACUCAUCUAAUGCAAAAAAAGUAACAUUAAUUCCUGGUGACGGUAUAGGUCCAGAAAUAUCUGCCGCUGUGCAAAAAAUUUUUGCAGCUGCCAACGUUCCAAUUGAGUGGGAGCCUGUAGAUGUCACGCCUGUUAAAGGUCCUGAUGGAAAAUUCGGAAUUCCACAAGCAGCUAUUGAUUCUGUUAACACCAACAAAAUAGGACUCAAAGGUCCUUUGAUGACACCAGUAGGUAAAGGCCAUCGUUCACUUAAUUUGGCACUGCGCAAGGAAUUUAAUUUGUAUGCCAAUGUAAGACCAUGCAAAAGUUUGGAGGGUUAUAAGACCCUCUAUGACGAUGUCGAUGUUGUCACCAUUCGUGAAAACACAGAAGGUGAAUACUCUGGCAUUGAGCACGAAAUAGUGGAUGGUGUAGUCCAAAGCAUCAAACUUAUUACUGAAGAAGCAUCAAAACGUGUUGCCGAAUAUGCGUUCCAAUAUGCCAAAAACAAUAAGAGAAAGAAGGUUACUGUCGUACACAAGGCUAAUAUUAUGCGUAUGUCAGAUGGUCUUUUUUUGCGUUGUGUGCGAGACAUGGCAGAAAAAUAUCCUGAAAUUCAAUUUGAAGAGCGUUAUUUGGAUACUGUAUGUUUAAAUAUCGUACAAGAUCCUCGAAAAUAUGAUGUUUUGGUCAUGCCAAAUCUUUAUGGCGAUAUUUUAUCUGAUAUGUGUGCCGGUCUUGUGGGUGGUUUGGGUCUAACGCCAUCCGGUAACAUGGGAUUAAACGGCGCACUGUUCGAAGCUGUACAUGGUACUGCUCCUGACAUUGCUGGUAAAGAUUUGGCUAAUCCUACUGCUCUUUUAUUAUCUUCUAUUAUGAUGUUACGUCAAAUGGAACUGAAUACGCAUGCUGAUAAAAUUGAACGCGCUUGUUAUGAUGUUAUUAGGGAAGGAAAAUAUUUGACAGGAGAUUUAGGGGGCAAAGCAAAGUGCUCUCAGUAUACUGAUGAAAUUUGUUCCAAAUUGUAAUUUGUUAUAUGCGGUUAAAUAAUGAAAAAUUGAACAAGAAAAACAGCAAACAAUAUUUGGCCAUCAUUUUAUUACUACUUAGUUGCUUAGGUCUUGAGUAGUACAAGUACCAAUGAUUUUAACAGUUAUCAAAAUAAUUUCAAUUUGUUUUAAACGAAUAGUUUUGUAUUGUUGGAUGUUUAUGUUAUAAAGUUUAAUUAAUAUUUUAGACUCUCAAAGAAAACUUUAUUUAUCUCAAGUUCAUGUUCAUGUAUAUUAUUUUACAAAAUUAAUCCAUAAGUUAAAUUAUAUAUUUUAUUUGAAAGUAUGUUUAAAAGAAAAUCAAAUUUUACUUUUCAUCAGUAAUGUGGAAAAAAUUGAAUUGUUAAAAUAAAUAAAAAUUAUUUAUUAAAACU